AUGUCGCUCCCUCUUCGCCGGUCUCUGCCCCGGACAAUCCUGCGGUCCUACGGGACGGUCCAGACUCCCCCCAGCAGUGCGGCGCUGGCGAGUCGCAUUCCCGCAGCCCUGGCCGAGGCCACCGCGGCCACUAGCCCGCGCACCAACUGGACGCGGGAAGAGGUGCAGCAGAUCUACGAGACCCCGUUGAACCAGCUCACCUACGCGGCGGGCGCCGUUCACCGACGAUUCCACGACCCCUCCGCGAUCCAGAUGUGCACGCUGAUGAACAUCAAGACGGGUGGCUGCAGCGAGGACUGCUCCUACUGCGCCCAGUCAUCACGCUACGACACCGGCCUGAAAGCGACAAAGAUGAGCCCCGUGGACGAGGUGUUGGAGAAGGCGAGAAUAGCCAAGGCGAAUGGCAGCACGCGGUUCUGCAUGGGCGCCGCCUGGCGGGACAUGCGCGGGCGCAAGACCAGCCUGAAGAACGUCAAGCAGAUGGUGUCGGGGAUCCGCGAGAUGGACAUGGAAGUGUGUGUGACGCUAGGCAUGAUCGACCAGAACCAGGCCAAGGAACUGAAGGAGGCCGGUCUGACGGCUUACAACCACAACCUCGAUACCUCGCGCGAAUUCUACCCGUCCAUCAUCUCGACCCGGUCGUAUGACGAGCGUCUGCGGACGCUGGACCAUGUCCGUGAUGCGGGCAUCAAUGUCUGCUCCGGUGGGAUUCUGGGACUGGGCGAGACGGACUCCGACCGUGUGGGCCUGCUGCACACCGUCUCCAGCUUGCCUGCCCACCCAGAGUCGUUCCCCGUGAAUGCCCUCGUCCCAAUUCCCGGAACGCCCCUGGGCGACCGCAAGAUGAUCCCCUUCGAUCGCCUGCUUCGGACUAUUGCCACGGCCCGCGUUGUUCUACCUGCGACCAUCGUUCGUCUCGCUGCUGGCCGUAUUGCGCUCUCAGAGGAGCAGCAGGUUGCCUGUUUCCAAGCUGGAGCCAAUGCGGUGUUUACCGGAGAAAAGAUGCUGACUACGGACUGUAAUGGAUGGGAUGAAGACCGUGUUAUGUUUGAUCGCUGGGGAUACUAUCCUAUGAAGAGCUUCGAAAAAGGCAAAUCUCCAUUGGCUGCAUCUGCUCCGACACCCUCUGCCCAGCCUGAUGCCCCUGCUGCGCCGGCCGCAGCCAGCUCAUAG